UGGCGGGUGUUCUAGUGGCAAAACACUUCACCAUUCAGGAAAUAUGCAUUAACUUCGUGUCGAAACAGAUGGAAUAGUAAAUGGUGCAAAGAAACGAUCCGACGACAAACGGGCUUAGAGAUCUGGGGAAAUUCUAAUAUUCGAAGAGACGGUACUAUGGAUAUUUGCGAUGCAUGCAUCGAUUUAUAUCACAUCCUGCAGUCAUUUGAUGAGGAAAAUAGGAAGGAAAACAAUCAUUUGAGCAAAAAGGAAAUUGUUACUCUUCUGCUGUUUAUCCAGAGUUGGCCGCAAAGGCAAUGUGGCUGCUGUUUUCGUGAUAUAAGAAAUUUUGACCGGGUUAACAAUUUAGUUCAGUUGCUGCUAAGGUUUGCCAUUGAUGCAGUUGCAUCAUUAUCAUUGCCUGAAGAAAAUAAAAAACUCUCUAAGAAUGAUAAUGAAAUUGACGAAGACUGUAAAGAGGAAAAAGAAGAGGAAGAAGAGAUAGAUGAGUCUGAGUUAUGGACGAUGGAUGAAAAAGAUAAACUUUUACAUUGUGUUUCUAAAGUGUUUCAGCUGAACUUCUUUCUGUAUUCUGCUCAUAAACAAAAUUUCCAUGCUGGCAUGGAGGACAUUUCACCUCAUGAAGCUGAAGCACUAGGCAACUAUUGUGAUAUGAAUGAUAUGGAAGUACCGUUGUAUUUGCUGCGUAAUGUGUGUUUUUUCUGUGAUAGCAAUGGUAUGACUGCCAUACAAGCUUGUUUUGAACGAUCUGUUCCUGAGACACUGCCAUUCAAUGUUGCAUUUGCACUUAUCAGUGUUGUAGCUAAUCUUCGUAUUUGGUUGCAUGCUCAUGCCACAAUGCAAUAUGUGUCUCCUCUAAGAAGUCAAGUUAUCCAAGAGUUACUGACGGUGGCUUUAGAGACAUUGACGGUGGUUUUAGACACAGUCACUGUUACUGACCUUGGACAAAGUGUCACUGACAUUGGCUUUAGACAGAGAGGCACUGACGGUGGCUUCAGACAGAGAGUACUUGUAAGGCGUGAGGCAUGUGAUGCAUUGUUCAGGUUAUGUCUUGGUAACAGUAACGUUAGCAGACAGUUCUCUCACUCACUUAUGUCAAGUCUACUAAGUUUUCUCACUGCUGCUCAGAAUUACAAGCCACCUCUUAAACAGGUUUGUGAUCAUGAUGAGGUAGAAGAAAAUAAUCUUGGGUGUAAGAACUAUUUUAGAUUGCUCAGUUUACUUGUUGAUAAUGUGGAUUCUGAAGAAGAAGAUGGGGAUCCACCGGAACAGAAAUUACAAGAAUUAGACAACAUGGCAAAACAUUUAGCUGAAUCAAUCAGGAAUCGUGACAUACUGGAGCAAAGACAUAACACGAUAGAAGAUGUUGCACUCACUGGUUUAUUGAAACUCUGUUCAGCUGUCAUCCAACAUAAUCCACCAUUCAAAUAUGGUAAAGACGGACAGACAGGUUUCACUGUUAAUGUUUCCAAAUCAUUUCUGACGCUUGUAUCUUCUUCUCACUUAGAUUUUCUGGAAGACAUUUUCAAUUGUUUGUUUGCUCUCCCCACUAUGGAGACCCGAUAUUUACCAAAAUGCAAAUCAAAACAAAGUAGAGAUGCUGCAUAUGAGCUAAUGACAGAGUUUGUCAAAGGUAGUGCUAUUAAUUACAAGUUACUUCACAGUAAGAUGUUACGUCAACACACUCCUGGAAAGCACCCUCAUUAUCCGUGGAAUUACUGGCCUCAUGAUGAUGGCAGAGCUUCUUGUGGUUUUGUUGGUCUAACUAAUCUAGGUGCUACAUGCUACAUGGCAUCCUGUGUACAACAGUUAUUCAUGAUGUCUGAGGCCAGGGAUUCAGUUCUCAGUGCUAAGGUUUGACAAGAUGUAAAGCAUGUUGGUAUAUUACGAGAGCUGCAGAAAAUGUUUGCAUAUUUACAGGAGAGUGAGCACAAAGCUUACAAUCCCAGGAGUUUUUGUAAAGUCUAUGUGAUGGAUAAGCAGCCGCUGAAUACAGGGGAGCAGAAAGAUAUGACUGAGUUCUUCACUGAUCUUAUCAGUAAAAUGGAAGAAAUGUCACCAGAUUUAAAAGAUGUUGUAAGAAGUCUUUUCCAUGGAGUAAUCACCAAUAAUGUUGUAUCAUUAGACUGUCCUCAUGUCAGCCGCACAUUGGAAGAAUUUUACACUGUCAGAUGUCAGGUUGCAGAUAUGAAGAAUCUCUGUAAGACGAUUUGAAAGGUUUGAUUGCAUGAAAUGAGUGAAAUUAUUAACGUUUACAUGUAAUAUAUGCUUUUUGUUCAAUUUAGGGCGUGUUUCAAGACAUUACCUCGUAUCCUGUCUUUCAACACCAUGAGAUAUACAUUUAAUAUGGUCACAAUGAUGAAAGAGAAAGUCAAUACACAUUUUUCAUUUCCAUUUAAACUUGAUAUGUAUGGUUACACAGAAGAAGCUUUGAUGUCUGACAACAAAGGUAGGUGAUUCCAUGAUGAAGAUGAGAAGAAAUCCGAGAGCAGUACUAAAUAUUUGUAUAAUUUAAUUGGUGUGACUGUACACACUGGAACGGCUGAUGGAGGUCAUUACUAUAGUUUUAUUAGAGAUCGUAUCCACAGAAAAGAAGGCAAACAAGAUAAAUGGUUUAUGUUUAAUGAUGCAGAGGUCAAAUCCUUUGACUCUACACAGAUUGCAUCAGAGUGUUUUGGUGGUGAAAUGACUACGAAGACGUACGAUUCUGUCACCGAUAAGUUCAUGGACUUCUCGUUUGAGAAGACACAUAGUGCAUAUAUGUUAUUUUAUGAGCGUUGUGAACCUGAUGAAGCAGCUAAGAAUAAACCACUCCCAAAGUUUGAACUAUCCAAAGAACUAGCUGAGUGGAUUUGGAAAGAUAACAUGCAGUUUCAACAAGACAAGAACAUAUUUGACCAUGCCUAUGUUAAUCUCAUGUGGAGUAUGUGUAGUUUUAUACCUACAACACUGCCAGAACCAAAGAUAGUGCAAUUGAUGGCUGCUCAGCUGAGUACAACAUUUGUAUUGGAGACACUAAUACAUGCCAAAGAGAAACCUACAAUGUUACAGUGGAUAGAAUUGAUGACUAAGCAUUUCAACACCUGUUCAGCAGCAUGCGAGUGGUUUUUGGAUUUCAUGGCUAGAGAUGACUGUUGGCCGAUGCAGAUUCUGAUCAAGUGUCCAAAUCAAAUAGUGAGACAGAUGUUUCAACGUUUAUGUGUACAUGUUAUACAGCAACUUCGUGACAGACAUUCCCCUUUAUAUUUACAUCCUAUGCUGGAAGAUGAUGAAGAUGUCGAGAUAGCAGCAGAAGAAAUUGAGAAUUAUUCAUGUGUUUCCAGAUUUAUCAAGAGACUUUUAUCAAUUAUUGAACAUGGUGCUAAACCACAUAUUAAACACCUUACAGAAUAUUUUUCAUUAUUGUAUAAUUUUGCCAGAAUGGGAAAACUUGAGAGUGACUUCCUGUUAUCAAUAGAAGCAAUUACAAUUAUGGCUAACUUUUAUCUUGGAUCCAAAGCUCCAGAUUAUGUUGAAGUGGUUUCAGAUGAUGAUCCCGAUGAGGAUGACGAAGAAGAGGAUGUUGUUUCCUUGACUGAGGAGAAAUACAGACCAGCAUCACUAGAGAAAAUGAUAACAUUGAUAGCUAUGUUAGUAGAAUCCUCACGAGUUGAUAGAAGAUUAACUCUAGCACAGAGUGAUCUGGCUGUUCUGACAGGGGGAAAGUCUUUUCCAUUUCUGUUUCAACAAAUCCGUGAUGGCAUUAAUAUCAGACACACAUGUAAUCUGAUCUUCAGUCUAUGUAGACACAAUCAACGGCUAGCUGAACAGAUUGUUAGAAUGAUAUUUCUAUCCAUUGGGAAAACCAAUCCAGAGGCUGCCCAACCCUUCUUCAAGCUAUUAUCCAUGUUAGUUGAGCUGGUUGGUGGAGGACCACCAGGGAUGCCUCCAUUUACAACAUUGAUAUUACACAAUAUAUGGGAGGUUGCUGAAUGCAGUCCACAGCAGUGUUUAGAAUGGUUAGCAGCACAGACACCACGUAAUAGAAUAGCUCACUCAUAUGUAUUACAAAAUAUUGAGUCUUGGGUGGAACCUUUCCUGAUAUCACAUAAUAAUCCAAGGGUUAGAAACUCUGCUGCAUUUCUCCUGGUGUCUCUGGUUCCCGAUAAUCACUUCAGACAAGCUUUCAGAUCAGCCAGGAGUAUUCAUAGUCCACAGAAAGAACUUAGGAUGAGUCCAGAUGCUUUAUCAGUUUUACAUCAAAUUUACAGUUUACUUCUAAGACUUUUAUGUCGAGCAAGGCUCUAUGUUGACUCCAAUGUUCAUGGUACUGGCAAGUUGGUUUCAUAUUUUGCAUUGCUUAGCUACUGUCUAUUAAGUAGAACAGAGAAACUAAUGUUCUCGCCAUACUUCAGUGAUCUUUGGGAAUUGUUUCAACCCAAAUUAUCUGAACCUGCCAUAUCCACCAACCAUAAUAAACAGGCACUGCUGUUGUUCUGGUACAAUGUGUGCUGUGAUUGUCCAGAGAACGUCAAGUUAAUAGUAGAUAAUGUCUCUGUUACAAAAAACAUAGCAUUCAACUAUAUCUUAGCUGAUCAUGAUGAUCAAGAAGUAAUACUAUUUAAUCGGGUGAUGUUACCAGCUUACUAUGGUUUAUUACGACUGUGUUGUCAGCAGUCUCCGUCAUUUACAAGGCAGUUAGCUGGACACCAAAACCUACAAUGGGCUUUCAAGAACUUAACACCUUAUGCUAGUCAAUAUGCAACGGCUGUGGAUGAGCUGUUUUGUCUGAUGAAGCUGUUUGUUACCAAGAGACCUGGCAUGAGUGACCAAGAAUUGAGAGAAAUAAGCAAUUUUAAACGUGCAACUUUGUUAUGUUACUUAGAAUGUCUAGAGCGCAAUUCAUGCUGGACAACUCUGAUUAGUGCAUUCCGGAUUCUAAUUGAUGAUAACAAUGACAGAUAUUGUGUAAUUUGCAACCAAGGUUUGAGCAGACUUGCAGAUGCAUUCAGUACUUUACAUAUGAUGUACCAUGAAGCCACAGCUUGCCAUGUGCUGGGAGAUUUAAUAGAAUUAAUUGCAAUAACCUAUUCAGUGUUUAAAUGUGGUAAAUUUUACUCUGAUCACAAAGAAAUUAAAGUGGCAUUAGGUACUUGGAAGGAAAGAAUGGACUUUGCCAGGAAAUUAUUACUGUUAUUGAAUCCAUACAACCCAGAAGAGCUUCGGCAUGAGUGCUAUGAACUGCUCAAAGAGAUUGUGAUGUACUAUCCCAAAGAGUGCAUUCAACAUCUUAUACCAAUCAUCCAUCAUUCUCACAUGUCUUUCAAGAAGUCCCCAGUUACUGCCUCUGGCCCAUAUUUUCCACGCCGUGUUCAGCAUUCAAUGUUAAACAAAGCAAAUAUCAGACCACCAUGCCCAGAACUACAGAUGUGUCUUCAUCAUAAUCAUAUUGAAAUAGCAUUGGGUAAUGAUGAUGUGUAUGAUCAGUGUCUCAAUGAAUUCUUCCUUCCAUAUCAUUCAUUUAUUGAUUUGUUCUGCCGUACAUCUGUUAACGUGAAUUGUAUGACGGAACCAGUUAUACAUCUAAGUGUGCUCGUAGCAUAUGAAGCUAUACCAUUACACUUUACAUGGUUUGCAGAGCUAUGGAAAGAUAUCUACCAUUCAGAGGCUGCAGAUAAGAACUGUAUAAAACUAUUGUGUAGCAUGCCGGCAUUUCACGAAUACAUAGAAACGGUCUUCCUGGAUGAACGUCUGAUGCUAAAUAAUGCAGCGGUGCAUUCCUUCUUCUGUAUAUUCCUACCCAAGGUAUAUAGCAUGAUACUUGAGAACAGCUGGAACCCUCUUGUCAACACUAUUGCUACUUCAAUCAUUGCUGACAGAACUGAAAUAGAUAAUUGUAGUCCGCAGCAGCUGUUGUCAAUAGCAACAAGAAUGAAUGGGGAUCUGAGAGUUCUUCUGUUGAUGUGUUCAGUGAUGCCACCGAAACAGAUUAGUUCAAUGUUAACUCCGGCAUUGAAGUAUAUAUUACAAAAGUGCCAUGAUUAUCAGAAGAAACGAAAUCAAAAAUUGAAAGUGGUGGAUGAGAAAUCGGAAGGGACAGCUGAUUCUGAUGAAAUUCCAGCCAAAAAGGCAAAAAUUAGGUCACAAGAAGAAGAUGCAGAUGACAAAUCUGCAAAAACGAACAAUGACAAAAAUGAUGAUGAUGAUGAUGAUGAUGAUGAUAAAGUUGAUGUAGAACGAUCUCCACAGCCAUCUACCUCACAGCAAAGUGAAAGUGUCCAGUCAAAUACAGAUGACAACAUACUUCGGCAUGCUACAAGACAAACCAACUUUGUUGAUGUGUUGGUCAAGACAAUUGAAUCAACAUUACAGAUAUUUGAGUCAUAGAAGCAACUUCAAAUAACUGUUUCUAGUGCAGGUGAUUUCUUGAAUAACUGCAGUGGUUUAUUUUGUGUAGCAGAAUCAAUGCAUUUCCAUUUUGCCAUAUGUGAAGGGGGGUUGUGUAAUCAUUGAAUGGUGCUGUCAGAUAUUUUAUCCAGAGAAUCAUAUCAAUUUUAAACUAGAAAAAUGUAUUACAGUAUAGUAAUGGGACAUUGCUGCUUUCCUGGGAAUAAUCUUUGUGUGCCAAUACUGUGCAGAGGAAUUAUUAUUGGUUUUUAGUCAUUUACUUACAUCAUUUAUCUUCCUUCUGGUAUCCCUUCUUUUAAUAGAAAGGUGCUGUUUUUUUUUUCUUUUGGUGCAGCUGUAUUAAUGAUUUUGGCAACAAUAUUACUAUGUAUGGGUGAAGAAUAAAUGUGAAUUUGCCAAGCAUUCCUUGAUUCAGAUGGUGCUAAGCUACAAAAUGUGGUGCUCUUCUAUCAUCUGUAAUUUUAAUUUUUAUUGUGUGUGUGUGUUGUUAAACAACCUUCUGUUUGUAUCCAUUUUGUGAUGUUCAAUGUACUUUAAAUAAAUUAUACGAUCUUGGUAUCAAACUAAUGGUGCUUUCUCAGUUGUCCAGCCAGGUUUUCAAUCACUGAUAACAGAUUAUUGAUGAGUAUGAGAAAUGUUACAUAUUUUAUUAUUUUGGCAAAUUAAUGAAUCAGGUUACCACUUACCUGGAUUUACACUGUAUCGCUGUAUUCCCUCCAUGUCACGUUAUCGGUUUUACGAUGCCACUGGGUUAAUAGUCUAUACAGGCUCAUAGAUUUGCCUUACUGUUUAAUUUUUAUUGUGAAAUUGUGAUUAAUGUUUGUUUUUUGUUUAC